AUGAUUUAUCCAGUGAUGGGACCACACUCUCAUGCCCUCGCAUCGGUUACUGAGCCAAGAUUUAUCCACAUUCGUGUGUAUGUGUCCUGCAUCUCGGAGGGAUUACGUGUACCGAGUGACGCUGAAAGAAAUUCGGUGAGUAAAUCAAGUAGGGCCCAAAGGAUUGGACCCCAACUGCCGGUGCUACUAAAGUACGACCCUGACGUUGAGCGAGGCGGUGAUGAGGCGGAUGGUGAAGAAGAGGAGGCUGAUGAAGUCGAAGAUAUUGACGACCUGGAAAUGGCAAGGCAGCGUCGUGUAUAUGAGACGGCAUUCGACUGUAAAGUUACUCGAUCCGAUGACGAUUUGGAUGAGAUUGAUCGGGUUACAAAUCAUCCGGUACUGCAUUUAAAGUUGAGGGGCACGAGUCCAUCAUGUUCAAGCCCUGAUACCACUGCUUCGAAAUACACAGGCUCGCAGUGGGGUAAACAGCAGACUCAUGAAGGUCAUAAACAAAAAAUGAUGAUGUUACAACCUAAACCUGUAUCAAAUCGACAGCAGCCGCAUUUGGACAAUAUAUAUAGUCUCGCUCAGGGCAUUCAAACACUUAAGGUAAAUUCCAGUGAUGAACAGAAGUUCACGGGUAGAAUAACCACUUGUCGAUGUACCUCGUCUCUAUCAUCGACAGCUCCCCUAUCCGCCAAGUUUCAUGGAAACCAAGAUGACAUUCUUCUAAAUAUUCACAGUGCUCCAAAUUUACCCUUACAAACAGAUCGUCCAAGACUGAGAGGCGUGAGACCACCAAUCGAAUCAUUGAGAAUCAAGGAUUCACCAAAAAGUAGUACUGAUGUAUUCGAUAUUAAAAGUCGAACAGAAAGUUUCGUUAAAGAGAACAAUGAUUAUCGAUUACGCAAAGGAAACCAAGAACUCAUUCUUGAGUUCAAGGGUAGGCCCAGAGGAGACAAAUACCGACCAAGAUGUUUGGUACGAGUUAGAGAACCAGUUGGUGAAUUUAAAGAAAGUCCCCAUGAAGCGGAGGGAGAUCUUCUGAAGGAGAGAACAGAUCCAGGACUCGUUGAGUUUAAGCUACGUCCAACAAGAUGUCGAGUUGGCUAUUCCAGUACAGAGAGCAUGGCGACAAGCAGCAGUGCUGGAAGCAUGGAAUCCCUCCGAAGCACCACUAGUGAAAGCAACAGGUCGACGAGUAGCUCUGAUAGCCGCCGCAGUACUAGUUUGAGCUCUCACAGUUCAGACAGCGGCACCACGCACUGCUUUCUCCACCAUCAUCAUCAACCAAAAACUUUAUCUGGUUAUCUCACGUUCCACGCAAGUCACCUGCACAUCCUUUCGCCCAUCUCCGACAAAUCCUCCCAAGAACCUGCAUCUGAAACUUCUGAUAAUAAUCGGAAUAAUAAUUCUCAGAAAGCUUCCCCCGAAGCUACUGGACUUGUCAUGCUAAAUACUACUACAAAUCCAAUCACUUCGACUGUGGUGGUGCCGACAGAUCCGUCUUUCAAGAACCGGCGUACGCCACAGAAUAAGAAUGUGAUUAACUUAGCACUCAAAUUUUCAUCAUUGGGAGAUGCAGAAAUUCAAGGUUCAGACAGUGGGAUUUCGAUUGAGUCUCGAGCAGAAAUUAAGUGCAAACCGUUUGCUUUCCAACUUCGGAAAACUGAGAUUAAUAACAUCAACUUAGUUAGCGAAGACCCUGACCUACCGGAAUUGCCGUUUGACAUGCCAAAAUUAAGGAGGAGACGUCUCCUCAUGCAACAGGAUGCAACAACCUCGGGUAGUGCCACCAGUGUUGAUCUCAGAGAUCUUCCUUUCGAUAUGCCAAAAUUGAAGAGACGGUUACGAUGCACUCAGGCUAUGGAAUCUAGUGUUUCGAGAGCCUCCUCCAGCAUUUCAAGUAGAGACGUGGAAGCUCCACCAUUUUUUGGU